GCCGCAGAAUAAUCCAACAGAAGGCAAGGAAAAAAAGCAAGCCGCCAGUUAGGACGGCUUAUCUGCAACUCCGCCGUUCUUGGUCCUCGGAUGAUCGGAUAUCUCCCCUGCAAAGAUGGAGAACACCGUGCCAUGGUCCGAUCUCCCCGAAGAGCUCUGGUGUAUGAUCGGGAAGAAGCUCGACACCCCCACCGACGUCUGCCGGUUCCGCAGCGUCUGCUCUUCUUGGCGUUCUCUGAUCCCUCCGCUCCCCCAUGGCAACAACCCUCCUCUGUUUCCCCUGCAGCUCCCUCUCCGGCCGGGCCAAAAGCCCGCCUUCGUCACUCGAUCCACGAUCUACCGCCUCCAGCCGCCGGAAGAAUCCGGCCCGGCCUUUGGCUGGCUGGUCAAGCUCGAGGGAUCCGGCGAGCCGGGCCGCCCGCUCCGCCUCCUGAAUCCGCUCUCGAAGGAGCCGAUCAAGUACAAGCCCGAUUUUUUUCCUAGCGUGUUGAACACUUUGGACUUCAGGGUCACCGAGAUUGUCAAAGAGUACGCUGUCGAGGUCGAUGACGGGGCCAUUUUCCGCCGUGUCGCGAAGGUAGCUUUGUUCCCUGAUUCGGCGUGGGCCGAUGCAGGGGAGUGUGCGGUGGUUGGGAUUCUUGAGGAAGGGAAAUUGGGGCAUUGGAGAUAUGGGGAUGAGGAAUGGAGUGUGAUCGAAGGCCAAGAUUGUCAUUUUGAUGAUGUCAUGGUCUACAAAGGGCAGUUCUAUGCCGUGGAUAGGCUUGGGACAGUGUCAUGGAUCAACCCGUCUUUCCAGGUCCAGCGAUUCUCACCACACAUGUGCGGUGGCGGUGACAGGAAGCACAUGGUGGAGGCGGGCGGCGACCUCUACGUGGUGGACCGGUACCUCGGGAGGGGCGCUGUGACAAGGUACCAGAACAACCGGGAGGUCGGCUUGGAGACGGUUAAGUUUAUAGUAUAUAGGUUGGAUCAAGAACGGGGCACAUGGGAUGAAGUGAGGAGGCUCGGUGAUGUGGCCCUGUUUCUGGGUGAUCACAGUUGCUUCUCAGUGUCUGUGCAAGAGUUCGGUGGGUGCGUUGGGAACUGCAUUUACUUCACUGAAUUGAGUAAUUUUUAUGGUGUUAAAGUCCAUGUCUUUUGCAUGGAGGACCAUAGCAUCAAGAGGGCGGCAUUCUCCCCGGACUACUUGAGGAUCCUGUGGCCGCCACCGGCUUGGAUCAGCCCGAGCCCAUGCCCCCUCGAUCCGAAAAACAUGAGGACAGUUUAUAGUUUGAUCUGGAACGGAUUCGAUCUCUAGUCGAAUUGGGUUUGUAAUUUGAUUUCGGUAUGAAUGAAAAGUGGAAGUUGGAAUUGCUUUGUGAGGCAUUGAGAAUCCAUGUUCUGUUGGCUUUGCUGAAUUUCUUUGUGCCUUGGUAUGCUCUGAACAUUGGUACCUUAUUUAUUCCAAAUUGACUGAAAAAAUUGGGGGUUAACACUAAUCAGAUAGAAAACUAGUACAAGCAGAGAAUGCUUGAUGCAGAAAAUUGCUCACUCGAAAGUAGACGGAUAUAGUGGAGACGGAUUGGGGAAAUAUCAUGUAGUUAUCCUCAGUUUUAUACCGUGAACAACAUUAUAAGCAGAUGCAGAGGGGGUUACGGUUUGAAGUAUCUCUCAUGAGCAUGAAUGGCAAAGGAAAAAUCACGGAGAAGGUGCAAAGAACAAAACAUGGGUGAUGGUCGCCACCUGAGUCCUUGCAUCAAAACCUGAGAAUGCGGCCAUUUUUCAAGAUGAGAGUUUCAAUACCUUUGUUGCUGAAUUUGAUACCAAAAAAUUUAGCUCUGGUAUCAGUAAUCACGUGAUGCAAAAGGAAGAAGAUUUGGAUGUUGAAUUAGAGAGGCUAAAAGAGCAGCUGAAGCAAGCAAACCUAGAAAAGACUGAGAUGACUUCUAAAUAUGAAAAGCUAUCUGCCAUUUGCCGAUCUCAGAGGCAGGAAAUACAGGAACUCAAACAAGCUCUUGCUGCUAGAGCUCCAUCACCAAGCAAGGAUGCUAUGAGAAAUCAAACCCCUACUAGAAUCGAGUCAUCUGCUGCUGCUAUGCCAUCAGAGGAAACUGGAAAAACCAACUGGGACACCCAUCAGGAAAAAGUUCAGAAGAAUUUUCAAAGCCCAGAACCCACCUCAUGGCAGGCUUUCGCUGAUGAUCCUAAACCAAGGCAGCCUCUUUCAAGGGAUACCACCUCCAGAUCUGUUAGGACAAUAAAUGGUCAACAAAGUAAGCAGGGCACUCAAGCAGCAUCAAAAAAUGAAACAUGGGGCUUUGGGUCGGAGAGUUUUACUGCCAUGCCCAAUGCCAGUUCUCAGAUAUCAAAACCCAUUCGAGAAGGAAGCACUUCCCAGCGGUUUGGCGAUUCAAAGUUCAGGGAGAACAAAUCAUCUUCUCAACCUGCAGGAUGGGCUGGUUUCUAAAUCAUUCCUGGACAUGACCUUUGACAUCUUUCAUGAAGGACAGUUGUCUGAGCAGAUGAUUUACACCUGAUGUACACAAAGUCCAGAGGUAAAAAAGCUUGUGGACUGGAGCCCGGCUUUGGAGAGCUUAUGUUCUUGUAGAUACUGUUACUGAACAAAGCACUCUUAUUCUUCUAUUUCAAAUUGUCUGAGCAGCCAAAUGCAUGUUAUGCAUUUUGUAUGCCAUUUGUGACUUAUUGAAAUUGAAUUGCAUGGCUGUUGGGAGUACUGGCUCAAGCCAAAAGUCAAGUCUGUUGGUCAUGAACUGCACUUCCGUUCUAUUAAGUGCAAUUGCAGAGAAAUAUCUGAAAAAGGGAAACGUUUGGGUCAACCUGCUGAAGAAUAAACUUGGAUUUGAUGAAGCUUAUCUGUAAAGAGAGCCAGACCUGGAUGUUUGAGAAGGUCAGUGCUAUUAGUAUGGCCCUUUUGACUUUUGAGUUGUAUACGGAUAUUCCCUUAAGCGCUUGUCAUUGGUACUACCGAAGGACAAAGUUCCCCGUGAACGUUCGAAUUAAAAGUUCUGAUGAGUGAGGAUGAUUGUCGAUAAGGUAAUCUGUUAUUGCCUUGCUUUUGUUGAUUCUGGACAGGCAAACCAUGGUUAGAUUAUCUUGAUCAUCUUUAUUGGUUUACAUUCUGGGAAAGAUUAUGCAUAUGCA